CCCUCGGAUACCAUGUUACCUGCAUGGUAGCUCUCUAUGAUGCAGCUCGUUUUUACUCGUAUUCGUUAUGAUUUUAAACAGACUCCAGUUAUUUCCAGCGAUGUGGUGACAGAUUAUGAUUUGGCUCAAGUUUUGUACAUGCAUUGCUUUAACCUGCGCUCACCGGGAAGAUGACUCGCGUCCUGCUGAUGCAACCGGUUCGGACUGGACUGAUGGAAAUAUUAAUGAUGACACCAGAGGGAAAGAAAGCAUACCCUCAGACCGAUUUGUUAGUACAAGAACCCCAAACUUUCAGCUUGAUCAGUCAGACUCAGAUGAAAGCAGUAUAUUUCUUUCUACGUGUUUAUAUUGUUAUUUUAUAGCUACCGUUAGUUAUCGUCAUUAUUACGCUUUCUCAUUGCUUCAAAGACCAGCUUUACAAAAACAGAUCCUUCAUUUGUCCCCUAUGACCCGGAGAGCUUCCAGGUAAACAGCUUUGUGCAUGUGCAUUUUGAAUACUUGCUUGUUUUACACGAAGCAGGAGAAAAACAUACACGUCUGAACCACAAAACACAUCCGCCGCAUCGCUAAGAGCCGUUCUGUCUGUCUUCUGCGCUCCAGGCGCGCAAGCGAAAGCAGCGCUUUUUCUGUUGUAGAUGCGUUCAAGCUGCCGCUGGACCAGCAAGAACAGCUUUGAACCGGUUUGGUCGCCGGCUGCAAAGCAGGAUGCACAAUGAAACGCUGUUGAUGCAGUGCGUUUUCUGGUGAAGGAACCCCUAUAGUCCAGCUCAAAAAACAGAAAGAGUGUGCGAUGCCUUCAUUUUUAUUUGCUUUGUAGCGAUACGAGGUGUUUUAUUUUUUUUUUAACAAGGAAAACAUCCUAACAUGGAAAGUUCCCGCAGAGCGCGCAGUUAGGCAGGCGCCUGCAGCUGUAUUUGUAUAUGCUGAGGAACACCACCUCCAGAAGCCAUAACAGAUCCCAGAGCGCAGCAAUAACAUCAGCAUCAUGGCUUCAAAAGUGCUCGAUGGAGGCUGGGGAUGGGCGAUUGUUGCGGCUUCCUUCAUGGCCCAGUUCCUUGCUUAUGGAUCACCCCAGUCUGUGGGUGUACUCUACCCUGAGUGGCUCCAUACAUACCAGCAAGGCAAGGGCUUGACUGCCUGGGUGGGCUCCCUUGUUUCUGGAGUGGGACUAAUAGCCAGUCCUAUCUGCAGCGCCUGCGUGGACAACUUUGGCGCUCGCCCUGUGACCAUCUUCAGUGGUGUAAUGGUGGCUGGCGGCCUGAUGCUCAGUGCCUUUGCUCCAAAUGUUGAAUUCCUUAUGUUUUCCUAUGGGAUUGUGGUCGGCCUGGGUUGUGGUCUGGUCUAUGCAGCCACCUUGACAAUCACCUGUCAGUAUUUUGACAAGAGACGCGGCCUCGCCCUUGGCAUUGUCACCACAGGCACAAGCGUUGGAGCAUUCAUCUACGCCACUGCUCAGAAUGAGCUCAUCAUGUUGUAUGGCUUGCAUGGUUGCCUCCUUAUCAUUGGAGCUUUAGCACUAAACCUCAUGGCUUGUGCUGGCUUCAUGAGGCCCCUCAAUAUGCCUGGGUACUACCUCAAACAGAAGGCCGCCCUCGAGCGCAACACAGAAGAGCAGAUUUUUGAAAAGCCCCAAUUGGGAGACCUGAAGAUGACUGCAGGUUCUACUACAGCUACUCCAGAGAAAACACUGGGUGUGAAGGAAUUGCUCAUUACCAUUGAUGCCAAGGACUUGGCCAUUCAGACUAUGAAGAAAAAAGGCAGCUUCUUUUCUGGGUUUGAUAUCAUAAAGGUCAUCAAAGAGAAACGGCAGGCUUACUCCAAGUACAUCCACUCCAUGUCUGAGAUCCUGCAGGACCAAGUGAUGGUGGCUUUCUGUAUCGGUGUCUUCAUGUUUAGUUUAGGUGCAUUCCCACCUGCGCUCUUCAUUGAGGAUGUGGCACAGAGUCAAGGACUCAUUGAAGAAGUUAGUCUAAUUCCUUUGGUAUCAAUAGGGGCCAUUGCAGCUUGCGUAGGUAAACUAGGGCUAGGUAUCCUUGUGGACAUCAGGUGGAUCAACAGCAUCUAUCUCUAUGCCUUCACCAUGUUUGCAGGAGGUGUGGCACUGCUCAUUAUUCCUCUCACUAACAGUUAUGUAGGACUGCAAAUCCUGUCUGCCAUUGUGGGUUUCGCCAAUGGAAACUGGUCUCUCACCUCCUACAUUACCACUAGGAUUGUUGGCUUGGAAAAGCUGACACAAGCCCACGGCAUCGUCAUGUUCUUUGGAGGAUUUGGGAUCAUACUUGGGCCCCCUGUUGUAGGGUGGUUCUUUGACUGGACACAGUCAUAUGACCUGGCGUUCUACUUUAGUGGGAGCUUUGUGUUGCUGGGAGCAUUCCUUCUCACUCUGCUCACCCUUCCCUGCUGUAACGGGAAGCACCCCGAGAAUGACAAACCGGAGGUCCUUUAUAGCAGCAGCUGUGACAAAGUUGCUUCAGUAGCCUGAGUCUGAACACCUUUCACAAGAUUUCAGAUAUUAUUCAGCAACUGUCUUUGAACUCCUAGAAGAAUAUUUUUGUUUUGACUGUACAGGGGUCACCCACUUAUUUCUGGUGCCAGAUAUUAAUACACCAAAAUUAUUAAAUAGAGGCCAUUUCUCUGUGCUUGGCCCAGUUUCUCAGGUUAAAUCACACACUGCAGAUCUCUUUUGAAGAUUUGACUCUGAUGCCUGUGUCGACUUUUAUUACUGCCUCAUUUUACGAGGUAAACUGAACAACAUUGUUCAAAUUUGAAACACUGAUACUCACUUUAUUGUUAGUCUGAAAAAUAAAGACAAGGUGCCAUUCAUAACGCUGGUAAAACAAAUCUUUGUAAAUUUGUUCUGUGUUAUUUUAGCGUGAUGACAAACAUAUAUAACUUUUUUUUCAUGAUUACUUAACUAUAAUACUGUUAUAUCUUACCAAAGCAUCCGUAAUAGUCAAUACCUGUCAACACAUAAUGCCUGUUGGAACAAUGAUAAAGCCUUUGUUUUACAUGAUUUUUAAAGUGCAUUCACUUAAUUUAUACACAUACCUCUUUUUUUCUGAAUCAGACAGAAGUAGACGAAGUCAUUCUGAUUCAAAAAUAUGUAAGCACAAGAAGGAGAUCCCAUUGUUUUCCCAACAAUAGCAGCAUGUUGAUUCUCUUUCUGGUGUGAUUAUUAUGAACUCUGCUGGCAUAUUCGCCUGACCAGGCUGGUCCUUUUCAUUUUCAUGUUUUGUCUGUCUAUGUUUAUGUGUACAUUCUGUCUGUCAGUGUUCACACAGGCAUGUUUGUACAUGAACACAGGUUGUGUGUUUGUAUUAUUUGACCUUGUUUUUUUGUAAUACAGCAGGUUUGUCCUUUGUGCGUGUGCCAUUUAUAUGCACAAAUCAGCCAUAGAGCUGUAAAAAAUGUUUUUACUUAAUUUGAUGUCAUCAUAAUUGUAAUGAAUACAUUGCAAUAGGCUUUUUUUGGUCACUUGAAUGUUGGUGAAUAGAUCACUACAAAUGCCCUUGAUGUUUCUUAACAGUAAGUUGGGACUAGGGUUUGCUUAAUUUGCUUUUUAUAUUUGUAGAGGGUACUCAUAGAGCAUGGGUUAGGUCCUGUUUAUAUGGAUGAGACUGUAAGAUUUGGCCACUAUUAUUAUUAUUUUUUAUUCCAUUAUUAUACUAUUUAUGUUGUUUGUUUAUGUCUUUAUUUCUGUUCAUUUAAACAGAAUUUUUAAUUUAAAAGUGCCAAUAAAAAAUUUCAGAUUAAUGGUA